ACAACAAGAACAGCCCACUGCAACAUAGAAAAUGUUUGACACUUAUCUAUCAAGAUGAAAAUUAAAAGAUGGGGUGACUUUUUUUCAAAAAGCUAAUCUUGAUCAGAACCAGCGGUACCGUUAGUGAUAUAUACCUACCUAGACUGUGUGGUGUCCUGUGAUGAGUGGCUCUGGCCCAUGUCUUUGAGUGAGCAUGUCCCUAGCACAGAGAGUACUGCUCACGUGGAUCUUCACACUGAUCUUCCUCAUCAUGCUGGUGCUCAGACUGGAUGAGAAGAUCCACUGGAACUGGUUCCUCAUCUUCCUCCCAGUGUGGGCAUUUGAUACCAUCCUCCUCCUCAUGCUUGUUGUGAAAAUGGCUGGCCGUUGCAAGCCUGGCUACGACCCACGAAACGGAGCCCAGAACAUGAAGAAGCGAGUCUGGUACCUCGUGGCCAUGUCACUGAAGUUGGCGUUCUGUCUUACAUUGUGUGCCAAACUGGAGUAUUUCUCUGAUCUGUGGGUUAGUUUUGUCUGUAUCCCACUGUGGGCUCUGCUGAUUGGAGCCAUGGUGGAUUUGGGCUAUAGUGUCUUUAGUUUCAGGAGAGACUGAAUCCGUGGACAGCGGCACAACAUCAGCACUGUUCGUCCUCCACAUAGGCCUCACACUGAGUACUGUCUCUGCUCAGAGUGAAGGACUACUCAUUAGAACACUUUGCCCACUCAACAUUUUAUUCUCUCCCAGGACUAACAUUUCUGAUUCUUCAUGUUGUUCACAAAGCCCUUAACUCUGUAAUUGAAUUGGAUGUGUUAAUGCAGAUAUAGUGCUGCUUGAAAGUUUAUUUCUUGAGUAAAUGUCACUUGCAGGUUACUGAUGUUUACCAUGGAGGAUGCUGCUUCUGUUUAAGACCAUAAAGUUGUAUUGUCAUGUUGUUUAAAUACAACCAGAGUAUAUGUUUAUGAACUUUAAUCAAUAUCAGUGCCACAGUACAUCAUUCAACCUUAAUGCAGUGUCCAUGCAGUGGGUCCUAAAUCAUUUAUAUUAUGUGCUUUGUAAAUAAAAUUAAACAUCCAUAUCUGACAGGACAAGCCAUUGUUCGUUAAUUGGCUCAUCUCCCUCCCUCAUGCUGUUUGUAUCUUGGAUUUUAUUAUCUAUCACAGUGUGUCUACGAAACACUUUUUUUUAAUUCUGUGAAAUGUCCCAAAGAAAGCCUGGAACAACCUCAGUAAUGGAUCAGCAAUUUUAGUGUACUGAGUUUAUUUGUAUUGAGCUUAAAACUUCUGCUUGAUACAGAAGACCCAUUGCAAUGAAAAACUGCCGUGGAAAAUUAGAGAAAAUUACAUGAUAAAUCACAUAUUACUGAUUAUGGAAAACCUGCUCAAACACAGAAACAAAAAAACAUUGUAGUAAAAGGAACAAUGAAGGGCAUCUUCCUAACAUUAUAUAACCUUGUGUUGUGUCUGCCUUUUGGCUUAAUUCACUGUAUGAAGGUAGAUCAGUGUUUGA